CCCUAACCUGUCAAUAAAACAAACACUCAGGUGUCAGUGCCCCCGUCCCCAUCCCCCAUGCUCCAAUAAUUUCCCGAAAAAGAAAUAGCUGAAUCCUGAAAAAUGUGUAAAGGUGAGCCGGUGGAUUCUCACAAAUUAGUGAACUACCUAGCCGAAUUGCGUGUUAAAAAAAAAACGGGUGAUCUCGAUGACGAGAAUAGUCUCAACCUCCAGGAGACCAGAUGGAGAAAUCUCCUGGAUUACGAUUUUAUUUCUUCAUGUAUUCAAAACUUCAACGAAGACGUUCGUCUGGAGGUGCUGGGGCUUCUGGUCGAGUCCAAAAAAAGUACUCUAGUCUUCGACAACAGAGAAUUCGAAUUUAUCCUGGAAUUUAUGUCAUACAAUCUGGGGGAGAGGCUGGAGUUCAUUCCACUGAUAAAAAAGUCCUUUAAACGAAUGAAAGAAAGUCUUGGAGUGCUGAAGAGACAUAAAACUCAGAUCGAUAGGAUCGAGUCAUGCAGGCAUGAAGUACGUGACAAUCUCCAAUUAUUCGAGCAAUUAAAGAGGGAGUACGAGGAACUGGCAACUUGUUCAUUAACCUCGAUCAGUUAUUACCGUGAAUUUUUUUCUAAAACCCGGGAGAUCUGCCUGAAUGGUAUCUGCCCAGGUUCCACCCACACCAGAAAGAAGAACAGCUUGAGAAUCCUCCAGUUACAAGAUGAAUUCCUGUCCCUUGAGUUCAAAGAAUCCCCUUGGACACAAGAUCAAGCUGACAAGCUGCUCCAAUGUCUGCUAUUGGACACCUACGAGACCAACAAAGAGGUGUCAUUCAGGAUAAUAUCAAACAUCAGCCCUUGCACUUUGAAAUUAGAUGAUGAGGAACGAGUCAAUGAGAUAAUAAACGUUGCAUUGAGAUUAGGGAACAGUAUACGACCAAUUGACAGCAUAACAGCUGGUUAUAUGUUUAAAGUAUCUCUCUUAUCACCUGUGAUCAAGAAUGUGUUAUUAAAAUACACGAGAAUUGAUACAGCACCCAGUGAAGCUGAUGAUGUGACUCUGUGGCUGAUUAUCUUGAUAAUUGAACAGUUGAGAGAGCCAGCAAGACUGGCUUAUGAGAAUAUAAUCAUAGCUGCUGCCAAGCAUUCCCUCUACGGUUAUUUAUUCUGUAUUAAAUUACUGCUAUCCACCUGUAAUCUCAUGAACAAGCGCGAUCAUUCACUCUGGCGGCAAAUUGUUGAGGAUUUAAUCAAUUUGUGUUUAAGUUUGAAUAACUCAGUGUCGCAAAUUGUAAAUAACUCAUCCCCUGAGGGUCAUUUUCCUAUGGACCUCGAUAGCAAACACUUGAAUGGAGAUCUUGAUGACACGGAGAUCUCUGUAACACCUCAGAUGGUAUUGUUGUGCUCUUGGAGAACUGUCAAGGAAGUCAGUCUAUUAUUCGGAUAUCUCGCUGAGAAAUCUCCGAUCGAGGGUGAGGGAACACUUGGGCUUCUGUCCAAGAGGCAGAUCGUGGAGAUUGGAGAUCACUUGGUGACUCUUCUCUGCGAGACUAAGCAUCGGGGGGCUUUUGAACAGGCUCAUGUGGGUUUUGAGCAGCUCUGCAGGAGGCUGUGGAGAGCUGAGGGGGAGGGACUCAAUCAAUUGCCCAAAUUGUGGCUCUAUCAGGUCUUGCUGGAUAUCACUGGAUUGUCUCCGGGAAACUCCAAACUGUGCGCUACCAGGAGAAGUGCUGGAGUGCCCUUCAUGGUUCAGGCGCUGAUCGCUUCAGCUCCAUCGGUCUCUAAAAAAUCAGAUGCCACGGUAUUCCAUUCUGUGAUGAGAAUUCUCUUAGGCCUGACUCAAUUUACAGAAGAAUCUCAAUUAUCUAGUGCGAAAGAUCUCCUAGAGAGUGAGAUGUUCUUCGACAACGUGCGAGGUACAUCAGCAUUGAGCGCCUCAACAAUUCACUCGGUCACAAUGACGGAGGUAAAAACCCACGCAUUAAAUAUCCUCAGGGCCUUAUUCAAACAUGCCCAACUAGGGGACUUAACCCGGGUUUAUGCAGCCGAGGGUUUGAUCGCAGCGAUCAAAAGCUAUGACGAGAAAACCUGGGCAGAGCGUAAUGCAGCAACACUCCUCUACAGUUCCCUGAUAACCCGAAUCUUCGGGGUCCAGAGGACUAAAGAUCACGUGAAUCUGACAGUUCACAAUAAAAUGACUGGACGAAUUUUUUUCGAAAAAUAUGCAAAGCUUCUACCAUUCAUGCUCGGAGAGUUGAAAGCAUUUAUCGAAGCGAGUGAUGACCUGAUUAAACCCAGUGUACAAUCGAUUCUCCUCCUUUUGUCUCGACUCUACAUCAGCUACAAUUCCGAUAGUGGCGAUGUCAAUUGGCGAAUCGAUGAAUUCGUGUCUCUAGUCUCUGGGUGUGCUAAAAGUCGAGUUUACAAUACUCGUGAACUAGCUGGGAGGGCAUUGGUGCCUCUAUUGACUGGGAAAACAGUGGGUGCCUUCGUCAAUAGUUUGUUCGAGGCGAUAAUCAAUAGACCCGAGGAGAGUGUCAAUUUGAAUCUGAUGCACGGGUACAUGCUGCAAAUUCUCGAGAUCACGAGGAGUUCUUUAUUGACAGCCCCUGAGGCACCUAGACUGGGGGUUCAGGCUUUUAUCAGAGGAUCUGAGUGGAUUCUCCGGCAUUUAGAGGUCGAUAAUGAUAAACCAGCUGCCUUUCCCUUAGCAACAGCACUCGUUAAUGUCUUCGCUGAACUACUGAAAGCCGAUAAUUUAAUUGAGAGUCCGGUCGUCUUUGAUGGGGUUCUGAGACGAUUAUUAGGACACAUUAGGGUGGUAAAUGCUCUCAAAAGUCGCCCUGGGCGAGAGGUUUAUGAGACUGCUGCUGCUGGUUUUCUCAUUACUCUACUAGAUUUGAAAUUAGAGGGGUAUAGGAGGUCACUUGAAUAUGAAUACUUGAACAGCUGGAAAUCAAUGCUAUCGCAUGCUAAUUACCAAGUUCGAAUUAUAGCCUGGCGCAGUGUUCUCAGGGCGGUGCAGGAAACCUCCAGUUUAGAAUUUUGCACGUGUGCAAUUGAACUCGCUCUAGAGGGUGUAAAAAACGAAAGAAGGGAUCUGGAUUUAGAAAGUGUUAUCUAUGAAUUUUUGUAUGGAUUUUUUAUCAAUAGGGAAAGGGGCGUUGAAGGGUUUUCUAUCAGUGAUAGCAGUGUUUUUGUAAUUUGUGAAUCCAUAUUGAAUACUCUUGGAGGGGAAAUAUCUCAGGAUAAUGCAAGUUUCUUUAGACUCUUGGGGACAACUUUUGGAUUCAUUAAAAAUUGUGGGAGGGCCUCUCCGUUAACUCUUGAUAUUGCAAAUACAAUGUAUGAUGGAUUUCGUGAGCACUCGUGGAUGGGCUCAGCUGGAAACGAUUGCAGAAUCGCUAUAGCUCAAGUUAUUCAUGAUAUUAGCGCUGAUAGCUGUGAAAAGGGGAGAAAAUGGAUUAAUUGUGGAAAUACUUUAGACUGGUGGACUACUUUACUUAAUUUAUUGGUCGAUGAUAACAGCCGAGUGCGGAAGUUGGCGGCGAUUGCUCUAUCGAAAGUACAUCCGGAGUCCGAGCCGAAGUGCGACUCGCACUCUUUGAAAUUAUUCUUUGAUAAAUUUUCCUCCAUCUUGAGGGAUCAAGGGAGUGUGCGUUUUGCUGCUUAUUUUGUUUGGAGUUUAGCACUGGCCGAGGGAGACUACGAAAUGGAUGACAGCGACGUAUUCAACAAAUGCUACAAUUACGAGUGCUUCGAGCCCUUGCGCAUAUCGAGUCUCUGCGAAGAAUCCCUGAAUACCCUAUCGGAUCAUUACGAUAUUCAUGCUCCAUUUCCGGUUGAGGUACAGACGUGGCUGAUCCACAGAUUGAAUAUAGAGCCCUCAGACUGCCAAGACGCCCAAGCCCUCAUUACGUCCUAUCGAAAUCGCCUGCCUCCUCUCACCAACAAACUAGAUGAUAUAUUGGAUCCCACGUGUAACGACAAAUUGCUGCAAUCAUUAGCAUUUGAAAAGUUUCCCCACCUAGAGAAUCCCCACUACCACGAAACGACAUACAAUGGCAACUGAAUCAAUUCAUUCCAACAGCGACAAAACAAUUCCUUAUUUCCAUUUUAAAAAAUGAAGACGAGCAAUCGAAGAAAGUGUUUUCCAAUAAAGGAGAGAGAAUCCAAAAAAAUUUCUCACGCCUAUGAAUAAAUGCACGAGCAGUAUCAUAA